AGUCAGAGUCUCGAGACUCUCUGCCUCAGUUCCCCGUGUGCUAUUCGCUUUCUAUCCGUUUCUGCUGCUCUUGGCCGAGCGGGUUCUGGGGAUGUGGCGGAGCCGCCCGCUUUCCGGAGCUUGACCCCGUCCUAGCCCCCCAGCCCCACUCCCACUGUCCGAAUGGAGAAGCAGAAGCGCGCUUAUAGGAGUUCCAUUAAAAACUAAAUUGCUAAGAAGUUAGAGCCAAGUUUCAUACCAUGGAUCCUUUGGGUGCUCCUUCCCAGUUUGUGGAUAUUGAUACUCUGCCCAGCUGGUUUGAAUGGUAUGAAGCAGAUGAAGUAGAUUCCUCAGAAACUCUAACUGAAAAAUUCCAAGAUGAAGUCAUUAGAUCACCUUUUCCCUUCAGUAAAGAGCUCAGUGGAAAAGUGAUUCUUUGGAAAGGAGAUGUAGCUUUACUGAACUGUACAGCUAUAGUCAAUACCAGCAAUGAAAGUCUCACUGAUAAGAAUCCAGUGUCAGAAAGCAUCUUUAUGCUUGCAGGGCCUGACUUGAAAGAAGAACUCCAGAAGCUCAAAGGUUGCCGAACAGGGGAAGCAAAGCUUACAAAAGGAUUCAAUCUGGCUGCCCGUUUCAUCAUUCACACCGUGGGACCUAAAUACAAGAGCCGCUAUCGCACAGCAGCUGAAAGCUCCCUAUAUAGCUGCUACAGAAAUGUACUGCAAUUGGCAACGGAGCAGGCAGUGUCCUCUGUAGGAUUUUGUGUCAUCAAUUCUGCAAAAAGAGGAUAUCCUUUAGAGGAUGCCACCCACAUAGCACUCCGCACAGUGAGAAGAUUCCUAGAAAUUCAUGGGGAGACCAUUGAAAAAGUAGUAUUUGCUGUCUCUGAGCUUGAAGAGGCAACCUACAGAAAGCUACUGCCUUUAUAUUUUCCAAGGUCAUUAAGGGAAGAAAGCCAGUCUCUACCCUACCUUCCUGCAGAUAUUGGAAAUGCCGAAGGGGAGCCAGUAGUACCAGAGCGACAGAUCAGGAUUAGUGAAAAACCAGGUGCUCUGGAUGACAACCUAGAAGAAGAUGAGGGCUUGGGAGCUGAUCUCUCCUUCAUUGGAUCUCAUGCUUUUGCUCGAAUGGAGGGAGAUGUUGAUAAACAGAGACGACUGAUUCUUCAGGGACAGCUCUCAGAGGCAGCUCUGCAGAAACAGCAUCAAAGAAAUUAUAAUCGCUGGCUAUGUCAAGCAAGAGCUGAGGAUCUAUCUGAUAUUGCUUCUUUAAAAGCCUUGUACCAGACAGGUGUAGAUAACUGUGGUCGCACAGUGAUGGUGGUAGUUGGAAGAAACAUUCCUGUAACAUUAAUAGAUAUGGACAAGGCUCUAUUAUAUUUUAUCCAUGUAAUGGAUCACAUUGCUGUAAAAGAAUAUGUCUUAGUAUACUUUCACACACUUACUAGCGAGUACAAUCACCUGGACUCUGACUUCCUGAAGAAACUCUAUGACGUUGUUGAUAUCAAAUACAAGAGGAACUUGAAAGCAGUUUACUUUGUCCAUCCAACAUUUCGAUCAAAGGUAUCAACAUGGUUUUUCACCACCUUUUCUGUCUCAGGACUAAAGGACAAAAUCCACCAUGUGGACAGCCUCCACCAGCUCUUUGCUGCCAUAUCCCCAGAACAGAUUGACUUUCCACCCUUUGUUCUUGAAUAUGAUGCCAGGGAAAACGGGCCUUACUAUGCAUCUUAUCCCCCAUCACCAGAUCUGUGAUCUUCCAUCUUGUAGUACUGCUGGUUUCCAAGGAUGACUCCCUCUUCAUGGCCUGCUGCCUGUUGAAUUGAAAUUCAUUUGUGCUGUACAGAAUUCAGAGAAGGUCUUUUGUCCCCACCUCUCUGGUAUUUUUUUAUUGACAUUAUAUUUUCAGGCACAUAAACAAUCUGCAAAUGUUAGGUCACUGUGCACUGUGUACCACUGUUUUAAAUUUGUAUGUGCAUAUCUAGUGAAAAUACUGGUAUUUCAGGAUAAAAGGAAGGAGAGGUUUUGUGUCUGUGUCCCCUGUUGGAGAGCAACUUUCAAAUGUCUUAAAUUUCCUGAAAAGACAUCAGACUCUUGGACAGUCUGUCAGUCUUGAUCAUAUUGUCACCAUCACAUUGAAAGCUGCCUGGGGCACUGAACCAUUUGUAAUAGUGUACAGAACCAUUCAGACUACACUUAUCAGAUAGGCCCAUUGCUUCCGAUCCUCUUGUGUUGUUUACUUCUUACAUAUACAGAUGCUUUACCUAUGACAAAGAAGAAUGGUGUGAGACUGAGAAUGUCAGAAAUGAUUUGACUGGAAUUCUAUUGCUUGACAAAAGAUCGUUGAGAAGGUUAGCAGAAUAUGGGCUGUGUGAGUGCCAGGCUCAUAUCCCUGCAUUAGAUGGCGUGUGGGGGUGCCCCUGCUUUGGUCUUAACAGUAUGGUAAAAGGAUGCCUUUUUUCACUCUUUUCUGUAAUCAGAAGUGUUUGUGACCUCUUUUUAAAAGCUCCAGCUGUCUUAGUCCUCUAAGUAAAUAGGAACUACCUAACAGUUCACCAAGAAUUUAUUAAGUAUCACAUGAGAAAGAAACUAAUGAUAUGUUCACUUCCUUUUAGGAAUAUAUGUGUGUGUGUGUGUAUACACACACACACACACACACACACACACACACUGCCCUCCUCUAAUGAUGCCUGGUUUUGUGUAACUGUCCCUUAUAUGAUCCUGCCUUGGGAGACCUUGUCUAAUGAUUAGACCUCCUGGCCUUGCCCGCUUCUGUAAGGAGGAUGAGCAGAUUCAAGGGGUGUGACUCUUGGCAUCGUUGCUAGUCUUGCUAUUUGUACCUUAGGCUUCUGCCUUAGCCUGCUGAGCUGUAAAAUGAGUAUGAUUUCACCUACCUCAUGGAGGUAUGUAUGAGAAGGUAUAGUAUCUAGAAAAGGACUCAAUUAUCUUUGAGCUACAGGUGCUAAAAGAAUGUGAAGUGGAGGUGGUGCCUCUGUUUGGAAGUUAGGAAUGAAAUUUCAGUGAGCUCUGUAGGACUCCCCUUAUCUCUGACUCCCAGUACUGUUUCCGCUUUUCAGGAGAAAUACAGCCAUCAGUGAAUAAUUCCAAUGCUAGCACCUCCCACCUCUGACUUUGUCCAGAAUUUUUUUAACCAUUGAUGAAAGUGUCAGUUGGAAAGGCAUUUUUUUUUUGGAGGGGGGGGUUUAUUCUUAAGGGUUAAUGAUCAUCGACAUAUUCCUAAUGCCCCCUCAGUGUCUUAGCACUCACCUUAUUCCCCACCCCCCAAGCCCCUGCACACAUGUACACAAAUAAUUUCUAUCUGGACAACUGUUGUAAUGUGCAUAGGCCAGUCAAAGGUGUGAGCCUAAGUGCGGGCUCCGUACAACCUUCCAAGUCGCCUUUUACUCUUUCAAUAGCAACGCUCUGAUGUUCCAUUUAAUUCUCCAGUGCAUAAGGAAUGGAGCUUAUCUCCCAAGUACCAAAAGAUUAAUAACUUUAGAGGAAAUUAGUUAUGGGAUUGGCUAAGUCCCUUCCCCUUUAGUUAUUAAAGAGUUUAGCAAGUGAAUGUCGUUUUUUUUUAAGUGAGAGACUGAAGUGUCAGUCCCCCAUGAACAUGUGAUUUAGUAGCAAAAAUGGUCUUCUUUUUCUUGUUCCAUAUUUUGUGAGUAUUGGGCUAAAGUAACGAUCAGCACAUGUUGGCCACCAGUUAAAUAUAACUUUCACCUUUCUCUGGUGUAGCCAUAUUAUAAUUCCUAUCAAAACAGAUUCCUUUUUAUCUCUUUAGCUUAGUCGUGCCCACCACAAAAAUUCAAAUAACUGGAACUCUUUAAAGUAAAAAUUGAAGCACUCUUCUAGUAGAUUGUCAUCGCAGACUCUUGUUGGAUAGAAUUGGAAUACCUUUUCCACAAAGGGCUGUGAAGAUGUACAAUCUUUUCUAUAUUACGGAGCUUAGCUGCCUUGAAUUGAAAUCCUUCCUCUACUCUUUCCUUGUAAGCAGUAUAACAGGCUGCCUGUAAUGAAGAUAUUUGCUGUGUUGUCCUUUGAUUUAAAGCUGUUUUUAUUGAUAUGUAUGUAUAUCUAUUUAUAUUUAUAAUUUAAACAUUUACAAUGUGCUUCAGGUACAGGAUGGCAUUCCUUUCAUCCAUCCAGUAAUUUUAAAAGGGUAUUUAUUGCUGUGAUAAUAUCAAUAAUGCUUUUAGUGAAUGUUUAUAUACACAUAUAUGCAUAUAUGUACAUAUAUAUGUAUAUUUAUAUAUUGCAUACAAUGUGCUAUAUAUGUGAAAGGUUCUCUGUAUUCACCUUAAAAAGCAGGUGAUUGAGGUAGUAUGCAGCCAAACUCAUCAUGAGAAUUUGAUAGUUUGGUGGUGACAGUUAAGAUGAAAAUCACAUACUUCCCAGUGGGACUGGGUGUCAGCUGGGACCAGUAUUAUUUGUACAAAACACAUUUAAUGAAGCCGUUCCAUCUGUCUGGGCUUUUGGAAAGAGCAGAGUGACCUUAUGGUGACAGAAUGAUCAAGUAGGGUCCAGUUAUCAUUUUUUUGGGGGGGGAUGAAGGUCAGAUAGGCUAGAUAAUGCAUCUUCUUUUUCAGAGGCAGGCAUUGUGGGAUAAAGGGAUAGCUGUAUUCAGCAGUCCACUAACAGCUGAUAGUAAUUCAGAACAUGACAAAUUAAUAAAAUUAGAUUUUGGUCAUUCUGAAUACCAGUUGAAGCUCUAGACACAACUUUCAAAACUUUAGGUAAAAUAAUUCAUGCAUGACACCCUGGGGUUCCAAAACAGUAAAGAAUUUCUGUCUUCAUGUAUUUGAGUUGCUUUGAAUUCAAUGAUACCAAAGAUUUUUUUACAGGUGAAAUACCAUAUUAGAACAUUCAUCCUAAAAAAUCUUAGGCACAGUGAUCCAAAUUAAAAUUGUUCUUUCUUCCAACUCCAGUUUUAUCUGAUGUCCUAUUUAUAUUGCCUUUAAAAAAAAAGUCAUCAGAGGAAAAAAUAACGUAUUUUGAAAGUUAUCAGGAAUUCAGUACAGAUGUAAGAAAAAAAUAAGUGUAAGUUUAUAAUAAAAAUUCUGAUAUGGCUAAAGUUUAGUAAUGGGAGAAAAAAGGAUCUCUCCCUUAACUGGAGAACAAAUUUAAUUGUAGUAAAAGAACAUUGCCCAUCUCUUUUGUCUGUUUUCAAUUCUUUGGGGUCUCAUUUUGUUUGAACUAUAGGAAAUAGUUCUGUCUUUUCAUUGCCUAAUUCAAAAGAAAAAUGAGAACAUGCAGUAUUAAUGUUAGCUAAAAACUAGCUGUGAUCGUCUCUGUUUAAGUUUUACCUAUCUGUAUGUAUUCUAAGACUAAAAUUGUAAUAUGGGGAUGUGUGUUGCUGUUUUUGGAGAUGAAAAUGAGAAGGAAUGCAUAGUUCAUAAUUCAACAGAAUGGACUACCACUGCUUUGAUCUCAAAUGGAGAUUUGACCCAAGAGAAUCAUGGGUCAGUCAGUCAAGCAUUUAUUAUUCAUCUACUGGGUAGUGGUCACUGCGGAUAUAAAGGUAAAAAUGAAACAGGCUUUCCCCCCUGAGAGUUUAUAUUCUACCAGAGAGACAUGUCCAUAUAAAUAUAUGUGAAAUAAAUCAAAGGUCAUCUGUGGGUGGGGAUCCUCAGGAGGUGUGUAGUGCUUUUACCUUAAAAUACCCGUGGCAGCAUUACCAUAAUGAAGAUGCAAGAAGGGCUAUUGAUUCUGUAGGUGUUAAGGCUACUCCCCUUGAUUUAUGUUUUGGCCUAAAUUUUGAAGAGUGAAAAAUGUUAUAUAUAAGCUACACAACCACCCAUUAUAAAGGUUGCCUCAAAACCCCAAUCAUGACCUGUUCAUUCAUAUAUAUUUUGCAAAUGAUGUCCUAUAUCCUAAUAUAUAAGGGAUAUGAAGCAAUAAAUACCGUGCAAUACUUGCCAACAUUUCUUAUUAAAACAGUAGUUGAUAUUUAGUGAUAUUGGAUGGGAAUAGUUAACUUUGUUUUUUUAAUGCUUUCCAGAAAAACAUUUCCAAGGUUGGCUGUUGCAAAAAGAGAAACAAUUUGUGGAAGGGCUGGAUUGAGGAAACAUAGACAUGAUUUUGCUAAUGCAAUUCACAUAACAAACGUAACUACUGAAUACAAUAUUUUGUUGACUAUUGAAAGCUAAAUACAUUAUGUAAACACAGUCACACUUUUGUUUGUAAUGAUUUUUGUUAGUAUAAGCACACAGUCAGCACAAACUGAGCCAGGACUUUCAGACCAGAUCUUGCUGAUUAAAAUAAAUAAUUUUGUAAAAUCUUUAA